GCUUUCUCUCUCUAACCCCCUGCAGCCCCCUUCUCUCUCUCUUCCUGUCCUCUCCCCAAGAUCUAGGGUUUGCCCGGCCUUCGUCCAAUCAUCCUUCUUGGGCCGAGCCCUAAUCCUGCUGCACCGCCACCAAGCCGAGCCCCCGGUUUGGAUCGCCUCGCCUCCGCUGCGCCUCCCUCCACGUUCGAAGCUCCAACAAGCAUGGCUGGUUUUGUCUUUGAGCUUGGCUUGUGCAAAGGAUGAGCAUAGUUACUUUGUGCAGAAAAAGCUAUGUUAGGCCUUUUGGGUUUCAUCAGCUUGUAUAUCUCAGCAUGGGUGAACCAAACAGCAAUGACAAUGCAAUGGUGCAUGACAGUGAGAUGGUCAAUGGUAACGGGGUGAUCCAUGGCAGUGAGAUGGUUCAUGGUAGCGAGAUGGUCCAUGGUAAUGAGAUGGUCCAUGAUGACGAGAUGAUCCAUGGUAAUGAGAUGAUUCAAGGGAGUGAGAUGGUUCAAGGCAGCGAGAUGAUCCACGGUAAUGAGAUGGUUCAAGUUAGUGACCUGAUCCACGGUAAUGAGCUGGUUCAAGUUAAUGACAUGGUCAAUGGUGAUGAGAUGGCCCAUGGUAAUGAAUUGAUCAAUGCUGAGGUGACCCCACAAACCACAUCAAGACGCCGGAGGAAGAAGUCACUAGUCUGGGAGCACUUCACAAUAGAAGCCAUGCCAGGGGGAAGCUCAAGAGCAUGCUGCAAUCUAUGCAAGCAAACAUUUGCAUAUAGUUCAGGCUCAAAAAUUGCAGGCACUAGCCAUCUCAAGAGGCACAUCACCCUGGGUUCCUGUCCUGUUAUGAAAGACCAAGAGAGGAAGCUGGCACUGCCAUCAGCAGGAGGCCUUGGUACUGAUAAUGAUGGUGAGGGUACCGUAGAACGUCCUUCUAAGAGACGCUACAGAUACUCUGGUUAUGCAAAUGCCACUUUUGAUCAAGACCGUAGCUCCUCUUAUCUGGCGAAGAUGAUCAUUUUGCAUGACUACCCUCUUCACAUUGUUCAGCAGCCAGCCUUCACUGCUUUUAUUGAGAGUCUGCAGCCUCGUUUCAGGGUUGUAGAUGUUGAUACAGUGGAGGGAGAGGUGUACGCUGUUUUUCAGAAAGCAAAAGAAAACCUGUUGCAAGCAUUCAGCACUAUUCCAGGAAGGAUCAGCCUCACUAUAGGACUGUGGACAACCAGUCAGACUCUUGGCUAUGUUUCACUUGCAGGGCAGUUUAUUGACUCCGAAUGGAAAGUACACCGAAGAAUGCUGAACUUCAUGAUGGUGUCUUCUCCUCAUUCAGAGAAUGCACUUAGUGAUGCUAUUAGCUCCAGCCUUUCAGAGUGGAAUAUGAAGGACAAGCUGUUCACUAUCACAUUGGAUAAUGAUUGCUCUUCCCAUGAUAUUUACAGUGCAAAUCUAAGGGACCAUCUCUCCAAUAAGAACAACCUCAUGCUUAAGGGGCAGCUUUUUGUUGUGAGGUGCUAUGCACAUAUUCUGAAUGUAGUUGCUCAGGAUGUUAUUGCUUCAAUUCAUGGUGUGAUUUACAACAUCCGUGAGAGUAUCAAAUUCAUAAAAGCUUCUCCAAACCGUGAGGAGAAGUUCGCGGAGAUUUCUCUGCAGCUGGAGAUUCCCAGUACCAAGACCCUUUGUCUAGAUGUUACAACCCAGUGGAACACCACUUAUCUGAUGCUACUGGCUGCCUUGGACUAUAAGCAAGCCUUCACUACACUAGAGACAUGUGAUGAUAACUACAAUGAAGCUCCUUCUGCAGAGGACUGGAAGAAAGUUGAGGCUGCCUGUAAUUGCCUGAAACUGUUGUAUGAUUCUGCACAUAGCAUCAUGGCAGCAGCAAACCCAACUGCAAAUAUCUUUUUCCAUGAAGCUUGGAAAUUGCAGCUAGAGCUAGGAAAUGCCACAGGACAUGAAGAUCCCAUUUUCAGUAGCAUUGCUAAAGAUAUGCAUGAGAGGUUUGACAAAUACUGGAAAGAUUGCAGCCUCGUAUUAGCCGUUGCUGUUGUCAUGGAUCCACGUUUCAAGAUGAAGCUUGUUGAGUUCAGUUACGCCAAAAUUUAUGGUGUUGAAGCUGCAAAAUAUGUUAAGGUGGUAAACGACUCUCUGCAUGAGCUGUAUAAGGAGUAUGGGGCACAGCCGUUCCCAUUGACCCCUGUGUAUGUUGAACAAUGGGACUCUAAUAAUGUGCCUGCCAAUGCGGAUGUUACUCAAGGAAAUCCUCCUUCCACUGGUGAUGGGCUUCUUGACUUUGAUAUGUACCUUUCUGAGAUUCAAAGUAGCCAGCCUGCAAAAUGCGAGCUGGAACAGUACCUGGAGGAAUCCCUUACUCCACGUAUCCAGGAGUUUGAUAUUCUUAACUGGUGGAAGCUUAACACCCUCAAGUUUCCGACUCUGUCGAAGAUGGCCCGGGAUAUCUUGGCCAUUCCAUUGUCUAUGGUUAGCAGUGGCAGCUCUAUAUUUUCUGCUGGAACCGGAAGCCGCAUGCUUGAUGAUUACAGAAGUUCUCUUCGUCCGGAGAUUGUGGAGGCACUUGUCUGCGCGAAAGACUGGCUUCAGUAUUCACCAGCUGCAACCGAGGAGCCAGGUUCUGCGCUGGUCAAGGCAGAAGCAACGUAGUUUCACUGUUGUUACUGCUUCCCUGUUGAAGCAUGAAUAAGGCUGUGGUAUCUAUGAGCGUAGUUAACUGUAGGCAUAUUUUAGGCAGAGAUUUGCGGACUGGUGAUGAUAUAUUUUGGUAUGUAUGUAUCUUCUAGAGGUGUAAUUUGUUGCAUCGAACUCUGUUUAACUCGUCCUGGACUCCUGGUGUUAAUGUGUUAGCUUUAAUUAUUGCAUAUCGCUGUGAUCUGA